UAUUGCCUCAAAAAAUGGCCGCUGUUGUCCAUGUGUUUCGAGCUGACAGAAGGAUUGCUUUGAUUUGAUUCCUCGUUGUUUGCGUUUCAUAACAUUGAUACUAUUAAAGUCACUUCAUACCUGAAAUACAAACGCUCGGAUAAUACAUUAGCUUGUAAGAAUGCCUCACAGAAAGAAGAAAGCCUUCAUCAGUAAGGAGAACGCAGUGUCCUUCCACCUGGUGCACAGAAGUCAGAAAGAUCCGCUGGCAGCAGACGAGACUGCACCUCAGCAUGUCCUUCUGCCCGCUGUCAAGGUGGAGGUGGAGAAGAGGAAACAGGAACAGCGCAAGUUCGGAGUGUUUUUUGAUGACGACUACAAUUACCUGCAGCACCUGAGAGAGGCGCCCCAGCCAGCAGAGCUGGUCUCUGCUCCUCGCUUACGCAGAGACGCACGACCACAACCUGCAGAGGAGGAAGAGGACAUGGAGGAAGAGGACGGCAACGUCCCUGUAAGGCCAUUCAGCAGCAGCUCCUCCAUGCAGCCGUUAGAUCUCCAUAUCUGACCAUAUAUUCUAAACAUGUGACAC